GUGAAGAGCGCCGAUGGCUCUACAGACCGAUGCGCGCGUUUAGGAUGACAACACAGAGGUGAACUGAAGCGCGUGAACACAUCAAUAAAACAUAAAUUAGGCCACAAACGCUCUGUGAUCAACUUAAGAAAAUUCAACUUUGUCAUUUCUGAAAAAACCCGAGGAUCAAAAUGACAGCAACAGCUAAUACCGGAGAUAAAAUCACUGCGUCGCUAAACGACUUAAUGCGCGCGCUCCCGCCAAACAUCUACUUUCUGGAUGAGAUUCAGAUCCCCCCAUCACUGCCGACAGGCUUCUCUGAUGUAGAAGGGGGCGUCUGUUCUGAUCAGUUCAGUGAGGCGUCGGGAGGUGGCUUGAGCACUGACGGUUUCGGCGUGGAGAAACGGGGCCUUGAGCUAGCCGAGUCGAGCAAGUUCUCCCCGCACAGUGCGCCUCUUGCCUACUCAGGGAAAAUUUCCAUUGACGCGCAAGGAGGUUGGAAUCAAGAGGGAAUAAUCAACUUCAGUGUCAGUGCCGGGGUACAAGGCAGGGCAACAUCACCAGGAUCCUUCUCCACAGGCUCUCCCGGUCCCACAGAUCUCACUUCAGGCUGCUCCAAAACAGGCCAAACUCUUCCCAACAUGGAGCAUAUGUACACAAGUCCUCCCCCUUACACCUGCAGUGCUGAUGCAUACCAGGACCCCUCAGCCUAUCACCCUACCAGCUCAUGUCCCAUAACAUACGCCACUCCGUCCUACUCCGCUCCCAAGUCUACCAUAGACGGAGCGAUGUUCUCCAUCAUUCCCGACUAUGGGGGUUUCUAUCAGACCAGCAACAGCCAAAGGGACAUGACUAUGUUUCAGGACAUAAAACCUUUUUCGUGCUCUUUGGAGUCUAUUAGAGUCCCUCCACCUCUCACUCCCUUGAACACGAUAAGAAAUUUUACUCUGGCGUGUCCAGUAGACGGGUCAAGGCCACCCAUAGACACCAAUCCACAAAAUGUCCCACUCAGGCCGAUACUGCGGCCACGAAAAUACCCGAACCGACCGUGCAAGACGCCGGUGCAUGAGCGACCGUACCCCUGUCCGGCUGAGGGAUGCGACCGGAGAUUCUCUCGCUCGGAUGAGCUCACGCGACACGUGCGUAUCCACACCGGGCACCGGCCGUUCCAGUGCCGGAUCUGCAUGCGCAGCUUCAGCCGGAGCGACCACCUCACGACCCACAUACGCACACACACGGGUGAAAAGCCUUUCUCUUGUGACUUCUGCGGCAGAAAGUUCGCAAGGAGCGACGAAAGAAGGAGGCACACAAAAAUCCACCAGAGACAGAAGGAUAAAAAAGCGUCUGUGCCUCCUCAUAACUCGAACACCGAUGGGACACUGAUGUGAGCACCGGCAAAGGUUCUGAGUGCUGUUAGGGGCCGUUCACACCGAACACGUUGCACUAAAAACAGCUAGAUGCAGUGCAACGAACAGAACACAGGUGUCUCUUUUUAAAGUGAUAGUUCACCCAAAAAGGAAAAUUCUCUCAUCAUUUACUCACCCUCUUGUCAUCCGAGAUGUGCAUGACUUUCUUCUGCUGAACACAAAUUAUGAUUUUUAGAAGAACAUUACAGCUCUGUAGGUCCAUACAAUGCAAGUGAAUGGUGGCCAGAACUUUGAAGGUCCAAAAAGCACAUAAAUCCAGCAUAAAAGUAAUCCAUAUGACUUCAGUGGUUAAAUCCAUGUUUUCAAAAGUGAUAUGAUAAGUGUGGUUGAGAAACAGAUCAAUAUUUAAGUCCUAUUUUACCUAUAAAUUCCCACUUUCACUUUCCUCUUCUGUUGUUUUUGGGCGAUUCACAUUCUUCGUGCAUAUUGCCACCUACUGGGCAGGGAGGAGAAGUAAAAUAAAAAAAAUUAAAAAAGGACUUAAAUAUUGAUCUGUUUCUCACCCAUAUCACCUCAGAAGAUAUGGAUUUACCCACUGGAGUUGUACGGAUUACUUUUAUGCUGCCUUUAUGUGUUUUUUGGAGCUUUAAAGUUCUGACAACCAUUCACUUGUAUUGAAUGGACAAACAGAGCUGAGAUAAACUUUUAAAAAUCUUUGUUUGUGCUCAGCAGAAGAAAGUCACACCUCUGGGAUGGUAUGAGGGUGAGUACAUGAUAAAAUUAAUUUAUUUUCAGGUGAACUAUUCCUUUAACAGCUGAAGCUCAUCUUAACUAGACAUGGCGUCUCAAAACUGAACGCGAGACACUAGCGCAUGUUUACAUAAAAAUAAAAUAAAAAUAAAAAAAUAAAUAAAUCAUUGAAAACCACGACGUAAAAAAAAAGUGUUCAGUGUGAACGCCCCCUACGUGGCCCAAUAUCAACGUGGAACAGUCGUCUUACAGUUAUUUGAAGCUUGUAAACUGUUGAAUGUGAUUUGUUGUAGUAUUUGUCCAAACAAAAAUAAA